AUGGGGAUUGUCAAGAUAGCAAGUCGUGAGCCUGCAGCGAAGAGUGGUUACAGUUGUGGAGAUGAGGACCUUACACGAGAGGACAGAAUGCUGCUUCAGAGCUUCCCUGAUCCUGAAUCUCUUGGCUCUGAGCAGGUAGAAGUGGACUGUGAGCUUGCAGCGUCCAGAGGUCAGAUGUGCAAUAUCCCCUAUGGGCUUUAUGAUCUGCAUGGCUUGACAGAGGUUCUUUCUUUGGAUACAUGGAAUUCAUGCCUGACGGAAGAUGAUAGACUCCAUCUAGCAGCCUACCUCCCGGAUAUGGACCAACAAGACUUCGUCACAACCAUGAAAGAGCUGUUCAGUGGCGAUGCUAUGUUCUUUGGCAGUCCACUUAGAAGCUUUUUUCAUGGAUUGAACGGUGGGCUUUAUUCUCCGCAAGUUUCCCAGGCAAGGGAGUUGCUGAUGAUGCUUCAAAGACGGAGACAUUAUCAUUUCCUCAAGUGGUACCACGAUGGUAUGGUUGGCAAGUUUGCAUCCAUGAGCAAUCUGUUAAGGAGUUCUGGUACGAGUGCUAGUCUUGGAGAGAAGGUUCCCAUUUCGCACAGGCGGGUAUAUGAGAAGCGUUUCCCAUGUGUUAGUCUUAGCAGUACCACUCCAGUUACUAUCAAGGAUGAAAUUGCCACUGUUUCAUCACCAAUGAAACGAGCCAAACUUACGGAUGGGCCAUUAAGCACUCAUUGUUCAACCAGACAUAGUGAAACAGCCUAUGUAGCCAAAUCAGCAGAAAUGAACUCAUUGGAAGGUCAAACCUUCCAUCAUCUCAGUGACCCCAGGCAAAAUUGUAGUAAACUACCGAAAGGUGUGCUGAAAAUAAGAACUGGUUGUGCUUCUGUUAUUGAUGGCAGUGAAGGGACACAUCAUAGACCUGGACUGGUUCGAGCUGGUCAGCCAGGAACACAGAGCUCCAGAUUUUGCACUCCACCUCGUGUUUUUGCACAUGAUGUUCAUGGUUUUCCUGAGAAUUCUUCUCACAUCAACAGAAUCAAUUGCACGUCUGCUAGUUCACAACGUACUCCCUUACAAUGGGAGGGUACACUAGAACCUUAUGCACUGAUGGGCAAAAUCCCACUUGGAGUCCAAAUGACAGUUCCAGAGGAGCACAGUGCAGUUUACCCUUCCAUGAUGCUGAGAGGCUUCUAUCAACCAGCAGCUAACCAUAGUCUAGCAUAUUCCAUUGAAGCAUAUGACACCAGAGAAUGUGCCCACAUGAAAGACCUUUUGAAGAACUUUGGUGGUCAAAACAUCAUAGUCCAUCAAAGUUCUCCUGAUCCAUAUGCAAGAGUCAGUGAUGGUCAUCAAAUGAAUGGAUACUCCACAAUGCACAGUUUAAGAAAUGCUGAAAGUGUCUCAGAGAUGUUGAGCCUUGGCACAGGGAUAUACCCACCUUAUAACAAUGUCUCAGAGCAGCGGGAAACCAUGCGCAAGCACCAUGAUGGCAUGAAGCUGGAGUCACCUCCUGCCAGGGCUGUUGCUGAAGCUGAAGAGUCUCGUCAAUUCGCUUACACCUAUGCAAGGAGGAAGCCACACAAGAGAUCAACUAUGGCGGAAGAUACAGUGUCGCCAAGUGUGCUAGACGGCAUGGCCAACAUGAAAGCGAAGGCAAUCAAACUCUGA